CUCCCUGGCAAUGCUCAGUCCGAAGUUGUGCAGCAUGGGGCUACUGAACGACAAUGGACCAUACGUCCAUAACAACUCCAAACACUAUUUGGUUGUUGACUGAAGAAGCUGGUAGAGUGGGCACUAUUCAAGUGGUAUCGUAUAUACCGAGGUGAUGGUGUUUUGGCGCCGUCUUCGGUCGCGAAACUGCAGUCAGGCAACAUCCAGCGUGCCGCUGCUACCAUUUCGAUAAUAAUCUAUAUAAAACAUUACGAGAGAGCGAAAAACGGCCAGGCCGCGGAGUGUGAGGUCGAAUUUUUCGGUUUGCGGAACAAUUUUUUUUGUGAUAUGUUCAGUGCACUCUACGAGCUUAAGCAGGAAGUAUGACAAGUGUUACGGUGCUGGCAGCAAUUUUGCUGGGACCUCUGUUGUGGUGUAAUGGCUAUGCUAUUACCAUUGCCAGUGACAAAAAAGUAUCUGCGAGUGAAAAAGAAAGGAAAACAGAAAGUUUAACGUUUUCUGCAAACGGUGAAGAUCAGUUAAUAUUCAGCGAUACGACGUUCCAAGUGCGCAAUGAUGGUUCUCGGGGAGUUCCGGGACCGAUCAGAAGAGUUAGUGAUACUAAAGGUGCCAAUGAAUAUUUUGAAUCGGGUUGGCGACCAAUGUUGGUCUUCAAUAUGGAAACGGCUAGGGCAAAGUUCUCAGAUCAGCUUCCUCAGGAUUCCUCGCAUCGCUCAAAGGUGGUCGAGCCAUGGAAUAAAACCACAAGACUGUUUCGGUUCUCGGAAUCUGAUAUUAUGAUGAAUCCCAUGACUGUGUCAACAGAGCAAACUAGUGUACCUUCUUCCAAUAAAGUCAGAUUCAAAGAAAUUUCCUCAGAAGAAGAGCUUUCUUACGAAGAUUCUUUACAUCAAUUGAAUGUGGGAGAAGUGAAUCUGGUUGAAAAUCAUUCGGGAAUCACUCCGAGAAUGUUGAAGUUCGAAGAAAAUGAUGGAAUGAAAUUCGAUACCCACUUGCCAAAAGUAUUUGAAAGGGUUAAGGAUACACCAAAAACCCAAAUUGAUGGUACUGAAUCCAUGCAUCCGGCAAGCUAUGAAGUUUACCUUGUAGAAAACCUAAUGAAAAAUGCAACUGAAAUGCUUCGACCUGAAGAUGCUGAAAACAAGCAGGAUCAUUAUGGUGUUCCCAGUGAUACUCAACCACGCAUUGUUAAAAAUGAAAAUAGUGUACCCGACGCCGAAGAAAAUUUUUCAACCACUCCCAGAAAUGCAAGUAGGUUUUUCCGAUUCGAAGAGAGUAGCAGAGUACCCGAAACAAAUCCAGUCAGAAAUUUCAAAUUUCAGGAAAGCCAUGUAUCGCGAGAAGAUUUCAAGUUUCCUAGACAAGACUUAACUAGGACAAGCUCUGGUAAGCCUUUCAAAUUCCAUGAACCCGAAAACAGAGAACAUAAUUCGGCAUCUUCUCACAUGCGGUUCGAAGAAUCAUCUCAAAAACCAAAUCGUUUUUUCAAUGAGAGCCCAUCCCCGCCGCAGAGCACUGAAGAUCAGUUCUACACGGUAAAAGCAACAAUACAAAUUCAAGAAUCCGAUGGUUCCGCUAUUACACCACCGACCUUUCCCAUCACAACUAAAAGACCAAAAAAGAAGAAGGGUAAAAUCUACAAUCAACAUGGAAUCGAUAUCAGAAAACAAGAUGGGUUCAACUAUCAACAACCCCAAGAUUACGACAACUAUCUACAAAACGGUCAACAUCAAGCCAAUUACCAGAUCCCUCCAACACCUCAAAGUAUCCCCGAUAGCUCUUAUUACCAAAACCCAGGUCCCAGUAGUCCAGGAACGCCAUAUCCGCCCUUCGAUCCCAGCAACUUCUACAUUCAAAACUACCUCGCCAACUAUCCGUACCCUCAGCAGCCCGCCCCCAUUCAGCAACCUUACGCCGACGCAUCCGCCUCUUAUCCACAGCAACCGAACGUCCCAACGAACCUGAAUCAACGGUGGGCCAAUCAGACAGCCCCAUAA